AUGACGGAAUUACUUUUUAACAAGAAGUUACAGGUUCAAGUGAAGUGUAAAGACUGUGACGACAGACGUGCAAAUAUCCGGAUCAGUAUUGAACUUCAGUUCACAACAAAUCCGAUUCACAAAAGAGAUCUUGUCGUCAGACUGACCGAUGACUCUGAUCUGUUCUUUUUGUAUAACCUCGUCAUAUCAGAAGAGGAUUUCCAAAGCUUGAAAAUCCAACAGGGUCUUUUGAUAGACUUUACAUCCUUUCCUCAGAAGUUCAUCGACUUACUAAACCAGUGUAUCUCAGAGCAGGAGAAAGACAAUCCAAGAUUCUUGCUGCAGCUCUCUUCUCCCUCACCAGCACUGGACCACAGCCCUUCUAAUCUCAAUAUUGUAGAAACAAACGCUUUCAAACACCUCACACAUUUGUCUCUGAAGCUCCUGCCUGGCUCCGAUGUUGAGAUUAAAAAAUACCUGGCCGCCUGCCUGUCCGCUCUGAAGGAGGAAAAGCAACUACUGGAGCAGAAGCUUAAGAAGACGGAAGAAGAUCUAACAAGGCAGCUAAGCUAUGCACAACAGACCCUCUCAGAGAAAAGCAGGGAGCUGGACAAACUACGGUCAGAGUGGACUUCACAUACAACUGCUUUGGCCAGCAGACACACGCAAGAUCUCACAGCAGAGCGUGAAAAGGCUCUUGAGAUUCAAACCAAACUCCAGCAGCAGAACGAGCAGUUGCGUCAGGAGCUGGAGUCUGCCCACCUGCGCAGCACUCAGCAGUUACAGGCCAGACUGUCAGAGCUGGAAAUCUCUAACAGAGAGCUGACGGAGAAGAAGUAUAAAACUGACUCCACCAUCAGAGACCUGAAAGCCAAACUGGUCGGGUUGGAAGAGGAGUCUCAGAGGGCAAAACAGCAGGUGCUUUCUCUUAGGAGAGAGAACGGCACACUUGACACAGAGUGCCAUGAGAAAGAGAGACUUAUCAACCAGUUACAGACACGUGUGGCUGUUUUAGAACAGGAAAUCAAAGAUAAAGACCAGCUAGUACACCGGACAAAAGAAGUGCUUGAAGCCACUCAAGAGCAGAAGAAUUCUGUUGAAGGAAGUGCUGAAAGCAAACAGCUUCAGAUUGGAAAGUUGGAGGCCACAGUCAAAUCCUUGUCUGAAGAGCUUAUCAAGGCCAAUGCCAUCAUUAAGAAACUGCAGGGGGACAUGAAGGCCCUGGUGGGGAAGAUUAAAGUGAAGAAUACAGUGACCGUGUCCCAGGAGAAGGUGCUCCAGGAGACAACAGACCGACUGCAGAAAGAACAGAAAGAACUCCAAGACACUCGGCAACAGCUCCGACAAAAAGAAGAGGAGGUGUCAAAACUGAAGGAGCAGUUAGAGGCCACUGCACAGAAAUUAGAUGAAAGCCGGGAGGUGUUGAAAACAAAUGAGAAUGUUAUAAAUUGGCUGAACAAGCAGCUGAAUGAGAACCAGUUGUCUAGGAAGCAGGAGGCUGUGGGCGUGUUUGAGACACCCCCAGCGCACUCUACUGGUGCAGGACUGAGAAUGGGUGGAGCCUCCCAUAAUAUGGUAUGCUUUUGCUUUGUUUGUUAUAACAAAGCUUUUCCCUCGUCUUUGGGACAGGGCUACCCCGUAACCUCCACACUGAACUCCAAGUGUUCCUACCCUCUGUCCUGUGUCAGCACAGGGCCCCGCUCUGUUUUAGCACUGCACAACCAGCCCCCCGGACCAAAGGUCCACUUUAACCCCACAAGCACCAAACCUACUGUGUCUCCUGUGCAGGCCAAGGAUGGAAGCCCCACAGUACAGAAUGGCCAACUCUUCAACAAAGAGAAUGGAGAACCCCCUGGAUUGGAGUCCAAGUACUUUGAGAGACGUGAUGAUAGCAUUCCGUUGUGUGGCCUUCUACCCAGUAUGAAUCUCAACAAAGAAAUGCCCAAACCCUCGCUGGCCGUGUCUUACGCAAAGUCUGGACCCCAGUCUGCUACAUCUGCUUACUUCCCCUGA